AGAAGAAGAGAGAUUCAUUCGCUUUCACUUUUACUGUUUCUGCUUCAUGUUGUGACGUACAUGACGAUCGAUUUUCAUUUAAUAACCUGUUUAUUAUUUAUUCGACAUGUAUCUCUGGAGGGGUUGAUAUGCUAAUUUAGUACAUUUUACUGUGUUAGAAAAUGGGCAGUUUUACAAUGCGUAAAACGUAAAACACGAGGCUGAAUCCAGCUUCUUAUUCGCAGCUUCGUAUUGACGCUAUCCUCUCAAAACAGUGUUAAAGUAGCUUUGCGUCUUGGAGAUCUGUGUUUAUCGAUCUUUAUUGACAGUGUGUAAGUUAUUAUAAAGUUAUUAUAAUCGAAACGAUUGGGACGAUUCUUUGAUCUGUCAGCUAAGUAAACGUAUUAAUAAUGAAGGCACCGGGAUGUUCGUCGAUUUGGCUUUGGACUCUAUUUGUUAUUUGUGGACUUUUUGUUAUUGCACAUGCAAACAUUAAUAACGACGACGAUGAAUGGAUCGAUCCAUAUGACAUGCUGAAUUAUGACCCAACAGCCAAACGCAUGAGAAAACCCACAGAGGCAGCAAGUUACACAAAUGUGCCAACCAAGAGAAGAGAGUUCAGCUCAGACUCCUGUGAACUGCCAAAGUGUCCUGAUGUCUCUGAGUGCAUGUUUAAACUCAGUGUUUUGCAGAAAGAGGUUGAUGAACACAAAAAGAAGGGGGUCGCCACCUUCCAACAGCCAACAUGUCUUCCAGUAUUCAGGCGUUUCCUUUCCAAGCUUCUUAAAGAAACUGCAAAACUUGGUCUGCCUGAUGAUGCAAACAAACAGAUGCAUUAUGAUGCCGAGGUGAAACUGUCCAAGCAGACGGUGUCAGAGUUGAAUAAGCUUUUAAGAGAAGACAAUGACUGGACCACUGGAGCCAUGGAUGAGGCUCUCAGUCAAAUUCUGGUGAAAUUUAAACACCAUGACCCUGAAGCCUGGAAGUGGCGAUUUGAAGACACUUUUUAUGUGGAGUUGGAUACUGUCUUGAAGGUUUUAUUGUGCGUUCUUAUAAUCACAGCUGUUAUCUCCACUGAAGUAUGGUCUGCGGUGUCAUGGUUCAUCCAGUUCAGAAGAGUAUUUGCCAUAUGCUUUUUUAUUAGUUUGAUCUGGAACUGGUUCCAUCUUUAUAUGCUUGCGUUUGCUGAGCACCAGAAGAAUGUUGUGCAGAUGGAAAGUGUCAAUGCAAAAUGUACUGGGGUGAAACAGAUAGACUGGAAGGAGAGUUUGUCAGAGUGGUAUAGACAUACAUGGACGCUUCAAGAUGAUCCUUGUAAAAAGUACUACGAGGUCCUGCUGGUGAACCCAAUUUUACUCGUACCUCCGACUAAGGCUAUCACAGUCACAAUAACCAGCUUUAUCACCGAUCCACUGAAGCACAUCGGGCAGGGCAUCAGUGAAUUUCUGAGAGCUUUGCUGAAAGAUCUGCCGUUCACUCUCCAGAUACCUGUGCUUCUUGUGAUUGCAGGAGCCAUCUUUGUCUUCAUGUAUGGAAGUGCUUAUGCAGCUAUACAACAUGCAAUCCCUUGGCCCCGGCUUGGUGGACGCCGAGACCCGCCCCCACCUGCUGUAGAGCAACGUCAUGCUCCCAGACUAAGAGAGAAUGAAUAUUGGGCUGGAGGUGACGCCCCACAGCCAUUACAAGAUCCCCACCGUAACAAUAUCAAUCAUGUCAGGAACCGGGUUAACCAUGGCUUUGGGGCAGGAGAAGCGAAUGCUAAUGCCCCACAGCCUAACCAGGAGGGCAUCCGGACCCCUCAGCCAAGAGAUGGAGAAAGCAGCAUGGACAUUCUAGAAAAAUUUGUUGGCCAGCCUGGAGAUGUUCAAACGGUACGAGUCGAAACCCUGCGGUCUACGGGUAACAUGUCUAGCCAAAAUGACGUUGAUUGUCAGCAGAGGACGCUGGAGCAGGACCCUGGCAUAGAGAGAGGUGGAGAACCUGAAGCAGAGGACAUUCAAAAAGAAAAGGAAAAAGAGAAGGAUGUGUCUACGAAGGACAAGAAGGAGCAGAAAGAUGCACAGACUCAGGACAAAAGUGAGAUGGAGCCCAACGCGCCUUCCCAAAAAGUAGAUGUGACAACACUCGGUGCUGACCAAGGGAGUGAUCACAUUAUGUUCACAAAAAGGAUGUGGACUGCUCAAAACAACAUCAAACUGCAGGUUUUUACUGUGGCAUCAGCAGGCCCAACCGUGGUCCUUGAAGACGAAAAAUGUUUCAGGACUCCAGUUCAAGAAACACUGCAAUAAAAUGGUCUCAAACUACGUACAUGAACAGUUUACACAUAAUUUUCUUUCAUAAGUUAAAAUAUAUAUAUUUUAAAAUUAUUUCAAUAUUUUGAUAUAGUGUUUUGAAUGAAACCACAUCUCACUGAAGUUCUUUGUAUAAACGUGAUGUAACCUCAGAAACAAGGUUCCAAACUUACAAAAUUAAAUGGGACAAAUAUGAUGUUUUGACCGUCUACUUUAGUUAUUAAAUGAUGUUAAAUAAAUUAAAUGUUUACAAUA